UCGUCACUCCCACAAGAUGACGUAGUCGCGGUUUCCAUGGCAUCGAAAAAAGCUAAGCGACCAUCUCCCUGGAAACAGUUGCCGGACACAUUCCCACAGAUAGGUUUAGUUAAAAAACAUAUUUGACGUUCUCCUUGUGGGACAUGAAUAUAUAUCCUAUCGCUUUGAUUUGAUUUUGUUUAGAUAAUCUUAAUUCGCCUAUUUUAGGUACACAGAGAUUAGCCAUUAGGUUUAACGCGAGAUUGACGUAUCCAGCAAAUAUUGUUUGUUGUAACUUGCUAACGUUAGCUGACUUUGGGAAGGAAGCCUUUGCUCGAACAAGUGAAUAUUCUUUCACAGUGUCAAUGGAGGGGUUGUCAUCAGCCCAGAAUCUACAAGCGCUCUCUGCCCUCUUAUCCACCCGGGACGAGGAUGAUGAAUACAAUUGUAGAAAUAUGACAUCCUCAGCCGUAAUGGGACCUGGAGAUAUUGGUCUCCCUUCACCUGCUGCCAACAAAUCAGCCUACACCAAGAAGGACAGUAAAGCCAUCUGGAGUGAGGAGGAGGUGACAGAGGGGUCGCAGUUUGAUGACCUCACAGACACCCGGCCAAAGCCUGAGUAUGACAUAUUGCUGAAGCAGAAUGUUGGGACAGAGGACGUGUUUCUUGGGAUGAGCCGAAAGGAUCCCUCUUCCAUGUGCUGUGACAGCAUGCUGGUGAAAAUCAAACUGCCAGACACCAAAGCAACAGAUGUAGUCUUGGAUGUGAAGGAUAAAUUCCUUGAUCUGCGAACGCCAAACUUUAAACUUGGCCUACACCUUCCUCACCCAGUCCACAGUCAGGAUGGAAAAGCCCAGUUCUACAGUGAAAGACAGGAGCUGGAGGUCACUCUACCAAUGAACCGCCUCAUGGACCAAAUCAACCUGCAACGAUGAGAGAAAGUUAGGAGAAAGGAAAAAUAAUUGAGGAACAAACUGAACUCGAGAGGAAAUUAAGCAAAUCUUGGAGGACACGUGCAUGUGGUUAUGGCUUCCUGAAGUCCUGAAGUUCCUAUCUAUCUAGGGGUUCCUUCAGUUCCUACUUACCUGACCCGUGCACAGGUGAGAGCAGAGCCUAUGUCUUCUGUCAUGAAGCAGAAGAGAUGGGUAUUGUCAAUUUCUCGCAAUAUAGAUGAUUUGUUUGUUUGAAGAGUUCCAUGGUUUUAAUUAUAAAGUCUGACCAUUUAAUCUGUUCAUUGAAUAUUAUUUUUCUUCUGUUCCAUUGAAUAUAUUGGCCGCGUUUCAAUAAAUACAUAUGUCUGGUU